AUGUACCAUUCCACUUCUGCGGUUUUGCCCGACGCUAAGAUCUUAGUAGCGGGAAGUAACACCCACGAUUCCUACGAUAUGAAAGCCAAAUACCCAACCGACAUGCGCGUUGAGAAAUUCUCGCCGCCGUACUUAGCCCCCGCACUGCAAAAGUUCCGGCCGCAGAUCGUGGAGAAGCUUUCCCAAACGGAAUUGGUUUAUGGAAAGAAUUUCAAUAUCCAUUUCAAGCUAGAUGAUGCGGCGGACAUGUCUAGUAUUAAGGUUACCAUGUAUCCGCCGCCUUUCACCACUCACGGGUACUCUGAGGGCCAAAGGAUGCUGAUUUUGGGACUCACCUCUGUGGCCAAGGAGACAAUCUCCGCCGUGGCGCCGUCCUCUGGCAAGCUUGCACCACCAGGCUAUUACUUGAUCUUUGUUGUGCACCGUGGCGUACCCAGCAAGGGAUUGGUUCUAAGGGAUAACGAGUUGGAGCUUUUGGAGAUGGCAGAAACUCAUAGAAUCUCCCCCAAUCAAGCUAGUAGACAAAAAUUCAAUGACCCAUGUGGGCAAGAUGUUAUAAACUCGUAG